AUGAAGUCCGCCGCCGCUAGGAUCAUUUUUACUAUGACAUUAGGCACUGUCCUACCACACGUUUAUGCGUCAACUCCGACUGACGACUCCAGCAAUAUCAAUACGACUAUUGAAUCGAAGCUGCCUUGGGUUGAUGACAAUAAUGGCGAUUUCGGCGAGUGUACGGACACCCUCCGUCGUAUGUCUCCUCCGUCAGCCGAAACUGUUAAUAAGGUCUGCGGAACGCAGAGCUUCUGUGAGGAGUUUGACCCGGCCGAUUUAUCUGAGGACGACUCAAAGAAUUUGGCAGCAGUUUACGGCUUCGCAAGCGCCCAAGCAUGCUUUGAUGCCUACGAGCAGAACCCCGCGGCCUCCUCCCAGGACACCAAGCCUAAAUCCAAGCUACCGUGGGUUAGUAGCACUACUAGCGAUUAUGGCAAGUGUGUAGCCAUCCUCCGGCGUAUGCAUGAGGAGUCUCCUCCGUCAGGCGAAACUGUUAAUGAAGUCUGCGGAACGGAGGAAUUCUGUGAUGAGUUUGACCUGGCCAUUAUAUCUGAGGACGACUUAAAGAAAUUGGUAGAAUUUUACAGCUUCGAAAGCCCUCAAGAAUGCUUUGAUGCCCACGAGCAGAAGCCUACAUCCUCACAAUAA